CCGAAAUGCCUGGAGAGAACCCACAUUUCUGCCUGAAGCUUCUGUCCUCCUAACACCAUGGUUGUCUCAGCGGUGUUGACUGCGUCCCAUGCUGGGACAUCCAACACGACAUUUGUCGUUUAUGAAAACUCCCAUGUGAAUAUUACAACAUCCCCACUAUUCCAGCAUCCCAGCCCUGGUCCUCUGAUUAGAUACAGUCUGGAAACCAUGACCAGCACUGGAUUUAGUUCCCUAGCAGUGAACAGCACAGCCAUGACCCCAACACCAGCAGUUUUUAAGAGCCUAAACUUAGCUCUCCAGAUCAUCCUUUCGGCUAUAAUGAUAUUUAUUCUGUUUGUGUCUUUUCUUGGCAACUUGGUUGUUUGCCUCAUGGUCUACCAAAAAGCUGCUAUGCGUUCUGCGAUUAACAUCCUUCUUGCCAGCCUGGCUUUUGCAGACAUGCUGCUUGCUGUACUGAACAUGCCAUUUGCCCUGGUAACUAUUCUUACCACCAGAUGGAUAUUUGGGAAAUUCUUCUGCAGGCUGUCUGCUAUGUUUUUCUGGUUGUUUGUGAUAGAGGGAGUUGCUAUCCUGCUCAUUAUUAGCAUUGAUAGGUUUCUGAUUAUUGUCCAGAGGCAAGAUAAGCUAAAUCCAUACCGGGCUAAGGUCCUUAUUGCAGUUUCCUGGGCAACUGCUUUUUCCGUAGCUUUUCCUUUGGCUGUGGGAAAUCCCGAUUUGCAAAUACCUUCCCGAGCCCCACAAUGUGUGUUUGGGUACACAACUAAUUCUGGAUACCAGGCUUAUGUGGUUUUGAUCUCACUCAUUUCUUUCUUUAUACCUUUCCUGGUGAUACUGUAUUCGUUUAUGGGCAUCCUCAACACCCUUCGGCACAAUGCCUUGCGGAUUCACAGCUACCCAGAAGGAAUAUGCCUCAGCCAGGCCAGCAAACUUGGUCUCAUGAGUCUGCAGAGACCCUUCCAAAUGAGCAUCGACAUGGGCUUUAAGACACGUGCCUUCACCACCAUCUUGAUCCUCUUUGCUGUUUUCAUCGUCUGUUGGGCCCCAUUCACCACAUACAGCCUUGUGGCGACCUUCAGCAAGCAAUUCUACUAUCAGCACAACUUCUUUGAGAUUAGCACCUGGUUACUCUGGCUCUGCUACCUCAAGUCUGCAUUGAACCCCCUGAUAUACUACUGGAGGAUUAAGAAAUUCCAUGAUGCCUGCUUGGACAUGAUGCCCAAGUCUUUCAAGUUCUUGCCACGCCUCCCCGGUCACACAAGGCGACGGAUACGCCCCAGUGCUGUCUAUGUGUGUGGGGAGCAUCGGACGGUGUUGUGA